ACUAUUCAAACGUAUACGCACGCUUUAAUAACUACAGUAAAUUAUACCAUACAUUAAAAUGUCAAUAGGUCAAUUUUUCCUCCAUGUGUUUCUAAGCUAUGAUAAUUAAAAAAGCCUGAAUCAUAUUAGCAACACAGCGAUACGUUUUAUCUCGCGUUGCAUAAUUAAGGCUUAAUCCGACUAAAUAUGCCAAACAUAUCGCACUUAGAAAUGUAUGUUAGAUCUGAACCGUGGCAUCAGAAAUAAACUGGUUCAUCCUCUUUUUAUUAACUCAUUCAAAUCAAAUUAAUUUCUCUUCCCCGUUAUGUAUGGCAUUAUCAUUCUUCGUAGUGUGCCUCCCAAGUAAAUUAAAAUAUCUUGAUAUCAAUGGUUGGAACAACAUUUCGUGAAAUUUGAAAUUUCGAGCACGCUCGAAACGGAUCAUCGAGCGCAGCGUUCCGAGAAUACGAUAUGAUAAUCCUUGGUCAUCGAGUUGUCAAGGUCGUGCUUUCGAAUGACGAAAAAAGAGGAGAUCCGCCCGUUGGAUUCGAAUGCGUAACCGUCAUAUCUGUGCAUCGCUAAUAUCGGUUGAAGAUUUUUCGAAUACCGGACACUACUCCCGUCAAACUGCUUUCCGUUUCAUUAAAAUACUCCCGGUCCUUCCAGAUUUCCAAACUGCACGAGGCAUUGGUGUCAUGAUUCAAUUUGCAAAUUGAAAAACCGUGUAUUAUGUAAUCUGCAAAGAGUUGUAAAUGUGUUAAACUUCAUAAAAGAAUUUAUAUUUGACUAUAUGCAGCCUACACAAAUUACUCCUACAUGAUUUUAAUAAACCAGUAUCCUCUUUAAAUUCUUACUUGAACCAAUAUCGUCAAUUUUUUAGAAUGUAGUUUUCCAAACUGUUUCCUGACACCGUCAGAAUAGUGUCGUUUUCUCCGCGACAUUUCCGCGUAUAUCUGAGCUAGGAAUUUCUUGCGAGUACACAACGAUCGUCAUCCUCAUCCUCGAGAAUAAGUGGAACGUACGCGAAGAUCGUGUCCGUUAUUUCGCCGUGACGUCAGGACGACUUGUAACCGCUGUGUUAACAGCAGCAGACGAGCAUGAGGCUCUAUCCAUGAUGUCAGCCCGAUGUCGGUAUUCUAAUUCGUUUGGUGAAGGCAUCAUGGAGCUUCCUGGAAAAAAGGGUCAGGGAGAACCGCGAGCCAAAGGGUCAUUUGCAUUCAAGCACAUUCGUCGCAGCUGCAUUAGUCACAAGCAAUUUGCUUGGCUGGCACUCCGCAGAAACGUACAUUUCAAGAACAAUCGAAUUUCCAGGACUUGGAAGCAGAGAAGGCAAUAAUGGGGUCGAUUGUGUACUGCAUUCAUCACAAGGAUGGGUGCAAGUGGUCGGAUGAACUUCGGAAAUUGAAGGCUCACCUGAAUACCUGCAAGCACGAUGCGGUUCCCUGCAGCAACAAAUGCGGCGCAAUGAUCCCUCGUGUACUCAUGGAGGACCAUUUGAAGUACACUUGUGCUCAACGACGAGCUCGCUGCGACUUCUGUGCCAAAGAAUUCACCGGUCACACACUCGAGAAACACACAGGAACAUGCGGCUACGAGCCACUGUACUGCGAGAACAAAUGCGGCAUGAAGGUGCAGAGAAGGCAUCUCAGUCAACACAAGCUGGGCGAAUGUGCGAAAAGACUGGUAGCCUGUCGUUAUUGCAACAAAGAGUUUGUGUUUGACACGUUGGGUGCUCAUCACGCGAAGUGUGGCCGUUUUCCAGUGGCUUGUCCUCAUCGUUGUGAAACUGCCGUUUUACCGAGGGAGGAUCUGGAAGUCCACUUGAAAGACCACUGCACCACGCAUCUUUUGUCCUGUACCUUUAAGGACGCUGGUUGUCGUUUCAAGGGAAAUAGAUUCUCGUUGGACAAACAUCUGGAAGAGUCGGCGAAAAUGCACCUGAGCCUGAUGUGCAGCGUGGUGACCAAACAGCAGCACCAGAUAACCAGUCUGAAAUCGGCAAUUAGCAAGUUGUCGUUAAAUUACACAGGCACGCUUAUAUGGAAGAUCACUGAUUACAGUGCGAAAAUGUCCGAGGCGAAGGCCAAGGAAGGAAUGGAACUUGUCAGUCCUCCAUUUUAUACUAGUCAAUAUGGUUAUAAGCUACAGGCAUCAGUUUUCUUAAAUGGAAAUGGAACCGGCGAAGGAAGUCACAUCUCCAUUUACAUCAAGAUUCUUCCCGGGGAGUAUGAUGCUCUGUUGCGAUGGCCAUUCUCUCACAGUGUGUCUUUCACCAUAUUUGACCAGACGGUGGUGGCGGAGAAAGCUUGCAAUAUCGUGGAAAGCUUCAUACCUGAUCCAACAUGGAAGAACUUCCAAAGGCCCAGUCGUGAACCCGAUUCUCUUGGUUUUGGUUUUCCUCGAUUCGUUUCUCAUGAAAUGGUGAAGAAGCGACACUUCGUCAAAGACAAUACGAUGUUUAUACGAGUAAAGGUUGAUCCUAGUAAAAUCGUGGCUGUUUAGUAAGGUUGAUAAGCAUUAUUCUCCGGCGAUGUAUCAUACUAACUCAAUUUGCUACCGUUCCACAUAAUAUGCUAAAUGUUGUCGCGAUGCAGACGUAAACGUUUCGAUAUGGUUUAUACGCAUUUCUUAUUUUACAUGUAAUGUUAAUCUAGUAAACGAUUAACGAUGUUUCGUAUUUAUUAACAUCGGUCGUGUGUACGUGGUGUGAUAGCGCGGAGUACUUUAUAUACGGGGCACAAUAUGGUACUUACGUCGUUGUAUAGUGUUGCGAAAUUGAGUUAACAUAUACAAGAUUCUUACAGAUACAAUUAUAGGAGACAAUAGUAAUUCCCCAAAACACAAACAAUGUGAUUACUGCAAUUAGGAUUUUUUUUAUCUGUUUACUCAUCAAUGAAGUCACUCGAAGGAAUUUUUCAAAAAUAUUAUCACACAAAAGAAACUAUUCAGGUUUAGUCUCGAAGUCUUAAAAAGCAUUGAUGAUAUCAAACUUGUAUUUAUUUUUGGUUCCAAACAGUUCUCAUCACAUUGUAAUGUAGGUUUCUGUUUUCUGCAGUGUACAAUGAACAUUUCGGUUUUACAAGCUUAACGUCGUAUUGAUAUUGACUGAAAUGCAUGGUACCGAUUUACGAUGGUACAGUUGCAUCGAUCAAUCUACGUUAAGUUUGCUAAAGCGAAAUUUACCCCUUAAGAAUUGAAAUCAAAGAUUAUUAAAGGACUGUAUACUAUAAGUUUAAGGAAUGUAAAUAUUGUGAAAAAGCAUAGCGAUGAACGAGCGAAUAAUUCGUUGAACCGACAGAUCUACCAAUGUAAAUACGAUGUUAUUACACCUUUAGUGAUAGUGAGAAAUUGUGAUUGAGAUGCUAGUGACUGUAUGUAAUGACUUAAGAGUAAGGAACAAUAAAACUAUUAUAUUGCAUUUGUA